CUUGGAUUAAUACUUGUUGUACUUGGAUUUAUACUUGUUGGAUAUUCUGUAGAGAAAGAGAGAAAUGCUGAAGCUACCCAUGCAGAAAAUCUCUACUCGCACCUUUCAGGAAGAUGUCGAGAGGGUCACUAACAUUGCUUUUAACGGCAUUUCGAUAUAGCUGAGGACAGGUGUGUGCAAAGCUGAAGAGAAGGGAAACAAACAGACCGAGAUGCAU